UUUGUGUUUUUUCUUUUUUCUUUUUUGUUUUUUUAACUUUCAAGAAUUCUGGAUAUAUUGUUUUGUGAGAGCAUUAGCAUAAAGUAUUUAGAUAUUACAAAGAAUUUUAUAUUCCUUCCAGAAAUGUGAAGUACAUAUGGAAAUGACAUUCUAAUUUUAGUAGUCCAAAUCUUAUUGUCUGUGCUUAACUAUGUAUUUUUGCAGCUAUGUUUAAGUUCACUGGAUGUACAUAAGGGAGUCUGAAAGUAAGUCUUCAAAUGAUGUGCUUGUAGUUGGGAAGCUCUGCUUGGUAAGGAAUUAAGGCAAGGAUACAGGUGUUUUUUAAUAUAAAGUUUUCAAGUUAAUUUUUUUAAAAAGCAAUUUUGUUACUACAUUAAUAUGUAGUUAUUGUGUUCAGGUUAUGUUUCAAAUCUGCAUGUACUGUAUACAGUGUUCAGUUAGUUCUGGGAAUUGGCUGUGCAAAACCUUUGCUGAAAAUUUCUUAUUUGGUACAGUAGUUUAUCAGGAUGUACGAACAGCUCUGCCAUUCUGGUGAGUUUUGUGCACAGUUCUCCACACUGGCAUGCUAAUAAUUUCAGUUUGGACUUUGCUUUUUAUUGUUAGGCUGUUGACGAAGACAUAAUCUCUUCUCCAAAUAAUGUAGCUUUUGAAAUUGAAAAUGAAAAACUUGAAAUGAACCCUCCAGAGUCAAGUCUAGGAUUUAUGCCUAUUACCAGAGAAAGUAAACUUAUUGCAGUUAAAGGACCAGUACCAUGUCAGAUUUCUGGGCAAACUGCAUUACCUGUUGCAUUCACAUCUCCUGCAACUCACUUUAAGCCUAUAAUCCUGCAGCAAAAUGCAAAUAUAACAAAGGAGGUUCACAUACCACCUACUGAAAAAUUCAAGGAAAAGUUGAGAAAAGAAAAAAACAUUGAUUGCAACAAAUCAGGAUAUGUAGAAGGCUCUAAAAGCUAUGAUAUCAAGGAUACAGAUGUAGUUGAAACUACAUCUGAAAUACCUGAAUGUCGUUUAGAAGUUCCAGGCCACUCAUUCCAGAUGUCUUUAGAAAAGGAAGAAACAGGAAAUGUAUUUACUUCUGAUUCCUCACGUAUUCUACAAGAAAGAAAAAAAUUAUUUGAAGUUCCUUCAAGCUCCUUAACUUCUCUUAAAUCUCCUAAUUCUCUUCAUAUAAAUAACAUCAUUCUCAAACAGAAUUCAGAGAAAAGAGUUUUAACAUUUGUACCAGUACACUUAGCUGUAUCAGAGCAAAUACCAAAUAAACCUCUUCAUUCAAGGGUUGCUUCUGAUUGCUCUCAUAGUUUGCCAGUGCUACUUUCAAGUACUAUUGCAAGUUACAAACUCAGCAUGCAAACACAAAAUGACUCCUCACUCCUCAAAGUGCAAAACUCUAUGACUAUUAAUACACAGAAUGUGUCUGAAAAAAAUGACCAAGUUCUUCAGACCAACUGCCAAGAUAUCGAGGGUGCUACCAACACGGGCAGUAGUUUCUCUGAGCAAGGACUCACAACUUGUACCUCAGUGGUACAAGUGGUACAAGAAGCCAAGGAGGCUUCUUGUGUCUUUGAUGAAGAGGUCCUGUCCCAGCAGAGAAGAACAAAUGACACUUUGUUACAGAAGGUGAUUCAUCUUAUACAAGAGGAGUUUGCCUUUGAUGGCUAUCUAGAGAAUGGAGUUGAAGUUUUUGAUAUGGGUAACUUCAUUUUAGCAUUAAAGGAAAUUGAAUUCAGCGUGUUCUCUGACAAAAUUUGUGAGAAGUACUGUGACCUAUACUGGGAUGAAAAAUUACUGGAGAAUCUUUAUCAAGUAGUAAAUGGAGAAAGAGCUUCACCUUUACACAUAACUGAGGCAGAUGACUCAAACUGUGGCGGUGUAUUCCAAGAUCUGAAAAAAUCUGACAGCUUUUUGGCAAGCAGUGAUCAUACAGAGGGAGAAGGAGAAGCUACCUUUGAGGUGAAGGAUGAUCUUAUGAUAAAUACAUCGUUAGCUGAAAUGAAUUUGAAUGAGAUGCCCUUGGAUAAUUUCAUAAAAGAGUCAUGGCUGCAGAAUGCUAUCCCUAUAGAAAAAGAUGGACAGUGUUUACAAAGCAAUGGCUAUUGUAUUGGUCCAGACUUUGCAGAAGAAAUUACAGAGCCAGAGGAAGAGGCUGUAAUAAAGACACCUGAAAACAGCUACGUUGUGACUCCCAACCCACCUGAUUUUCAUGGCUGUAGUCCUGGUUGGAGCAGUGCAUUUUAUGGAGCUGAAUGUUUUGAUUCAGAAGUUCAUAGUUACAUUAAAAACCUUGGAAAGCAGAAAUCAAACGAAUCACAAAGUAUAGAUGCUAAAAAAGUGGAACUAGAACAAUUGCUAAUGAUGGAGACUAAAAAUUACAGAAAGACCAUAAAGUUUUACCAGAAACUAUUGCAGAAAGAAAGAAGAAACAAAGGUCCUGAAACUAAAUCUAUGUUGCCCAAAUUGAGAGGACAGCUACAAGAGAUGAAAUCAAGGGUGCAGUUUCUUGAACUGGUGAAGAAGUGUGUGCAGAUAAUGUAUGCGGAACAAUGGGGUGUGGAAACCAGUAUACUUCCUAUCAUCAUUCACAAUGGGAGAACUGACAUCAUUGAUGUGGCGCCUACAGAUGAGUCAUCAGUGCUUGUUUACUAUAACACAGAGAAACACAAAUGCAAUAAUCAAAAUGGUAUAAGAGUUCUGCAGGCUGGGACACCACUUGGUUUAAUGGCUUAUUUAUAUUCUAGAAAUGCAUUUUUAGAAGGCUAUGUGCAGCAGUUUCUCUACACGUUUCGCUAUUUUUGCACACAAGAGGAAUUUUUGCAGUUUAUUCUUGAUCGAAUUAGCAGCACUUUAUCCAGUGCAAGCCUGGAUCCCUCCUCAUCACUUACCAAAAUAUGUAACCGCAGUUUCUGCAUCCUGCAGGCUUGGAUUGAGGACUGCUACAAUGUAGACUUUGCAACAAAUGUGAACCUUUUACAUACCCUAAAAGAAUUUAUUUCUUCCAAGGUUGCUCCAUUAAAUGGGUAUGGUGAGCAUUUGUUGACACUGCUUGAGGAUGCUUCUGCCAGGAAAUGUGGCAGUUCUCAGCAGUGCUCCAGUAUGGAGAAUGGUGAAGAAGAAGAGGAAGAGGAGAGAAAAACAUUACACUCCAUAUGUAAAAAGCUCUCUGAAGAUAUGUUCAGAAAGAACUUUAACUGGAAACUUUCCAAAGGUAUGGGACCAAUUGCACAUUAUCAGAGAGAGCGACUGUACACUAUUUCAUCGGUUUUGCCAAAGCCAUGCUAUAGCAGUUUUACAGAAGAAUUCCCAGUCUCCUUUGCUAAAGCAGAUGAAGUGGGACCAUAUCUUUUAACAGAAUACAGUGUGCAACAGCUUUGUUGUCAGCUGACAUUACUGCAACAGGAAUUAUUUCAUAAAUGUCAUCCAGUACACUUUCUGAAUUCAAGAGCACUUGGCGUAAAAGAUAAAUGUGCUGCUGUACAGAAAGCCGCUGCUACUGAGGAAGUUUCCUUUAAAGUCUGUAACCUGUUUCUAUCUAAGUGUAUACAAGACCAGUACCUUAUACAAUUACUAAGAAAUGCAGACAGUGUCAGCACCUGGGUUGCUGCUGAAAUUGUAACAUGUCAUACAUCUAAGCUGCAGGUGAGCUUGUUAUCAAAAUUUCUUCUUAUAGCAAAGUCCUGCUAUGAACAAAGAAAUUUUGCUACUGCAAUGCAAAUCCUAGCAGGCUUGGAGAAUCUUAUUGUACGACAGUUGCCAGCCUGGAAAAUUCUACCUGCAAAAGUAGCUGAAAUAAUAGAAGAACUCAAGGCUGUUGAGGUGUUUCUAAAAAGUGACAGUUUGUGUUUGAUGGAAGGAGAAAGAUUCAAAACACUUCCAACAAUUCCAUCUGCCCAUGUUUUAGCUAUGCAUGUCCAACAACUUGAAACUGGAGGAUUCACAAUGACAAAUGGAGCUCACAAAUGGACUAAACUUAGAAAUAUUGCGAAAGUUGUGAGCCAAGUUCACGCAUUUCAAGAGAAUCCUUACACAUUUACACCGGAUUACAAGCUGCAGUCUUACCUCAGACAAAGAAUAACUCGUUUUAAGGAUGCAGACAUUUCUGCUUUGGCCGCUGACAACUGUGCCAACUUCCAUCAUAUACCAGCAGAAAAACAUUCUCGGAAAAUCCAGGACACGCUGCGCAGAAUGAAGGCAACAUUUCAGUAA